UUGUUUGCUAUUCCAAUUUUUCGGACACAAUUGCCUAAACAGUACAAGGAAACACAACAUUGAACCUGAAAUCUCGAUAACCGUAAUUACUCUAAGUUUUCGGACGCUCUAAGUUUUUGAACACCCUCUUUUUUAGUGAAAAUAAUAAUUGUUUGUUAUUCCAAUUUUUCGGACACCGAUAUAUUCACCAAUUAUCAAUUACUCUUAAUUUUCGAUCACUUUUUUCCAGAAAUCAACACCUUUGCCGUCGACACCUCAAGCAUGUGAUUUACAACCUGCUAACGGUCAUAAAACCUGGCAGAUAAAUAUCAGAAGUCACUGGACCGUUACAUUUGCAUAAUUGGUGAAAAAGUAAACGAAUGUAGUGAAACGGUAUGGGAUGGUUAUUAGAACUUGAAAAAGGUCUGCGAACAUAAAUAAUGUGUUCACCGACAAGGAGACGUCUAACUGGUUUAAAGCGUCCAUCGCUCUGAUUGUCACCAAACAAGGACUAGAAAAGUUUGUUGACACAGAAAUACAAAAGGUACACGCUGCGGUCGGGGCUAGUUGUGGACAAUGUUAUACAGAAAACUUACUCCCUUGUCCUCAAGGGAAAUGGAAAUGUCAAAAUACUAAACCGUGUAAGUUUCACAAACUCCCAGCUUUUAAACAUCGACCUUGUCCUGUUGGCGUAUGUGACAAAGUUAAAAAAAAAACAUCGAAUCGUAUCACAGAUAUCCGCUUCCAUCAUGGAAGAAUACAAGAGCAAAAUUAUGGGGGACCAGUCACUGGGAAGUCGCCAAAUGCUUUCUGCCUCCAGAUGGUUACAUUGAUGUUUCGUCUGUUCAGGACACUGACUUCAAUGGAGUUAUAAGUGUCCUACUCAAUUGCAAGCACUUCGACAUGUUCUUCUCCUUCCCCAUAGCAGCAUCGCCGCAAUGCAUUUUGACCCAGGCUCGUCAGAUCAGUAAAGCAGUACGUCACACAACCAGUUGUCAGGUUACAGACACAGAUCUAAAUGAUUAUAUCCAGACACUCACGUCACUGCUCUCCGACCCAGCGUACCUUGCAAUUGACCCAGACGCGACAACAGCUAGAAAUAAACUCAUAGAUUUACAGAAUAAUCAGCCAUUCAUAACCCCGGAACAACUGAUUGAACAUCUCAAAGACGCACAACAAACGCUACUUAAACUGCAGAGAUCAGGAGAAACACUUACACAAGAACAACAAGGACUCUCAGAAAAAAUAGAUAAGAGUCUAGAAGAUAUUACAGCCCAUUUAAAAACGUGUCUUAAAAGUUUAGACCAAAAUGCGAAAGAAGCUGCGGAACGUGUUUUACAAGAAAGACAAAACGCACUUCAAGCGAUAGACACUAAGCAGCAAGCCAGUCUUCAAAAUAUAGAUGAAAAGGAAAAAGAAGCUGAAAAGCGCGUGUCUCAAACAGGCGACCGAACACUUCAAAAGAUAGAGACUACGAAGCAAGCCAGUCUUCAAAAAAUAGAUGAAAAGGGAAAAGAAUUCGAAAAGAGUAUUUCACAAAAAGGCGACAAAACAGUUCAAGAGGUAGAGACUACGAAGCAAGCAAGUCUUAAGAAUAUAGAUGAAAAGGGGAAAGAAGCCGAAAAGCGCAUUUCACAACAAGGCGAUAAUACACUUCAAUUGUUAGAUACUAUGAAACAUGCCAGUCUUAAAAACAUGGAUGAAAAGGGAAAAGAAGCUGAAAAGAGCAUUUCACAAAAAGGCGAAAAAACACUUCUAGAGAUAGAGACUAAGCAGCAAUCUAUUCUUCAAAAUAUAGAUGAAAAGGGCAAAUAUGCUGAAAAGAACGUUUCACAAGAAGGCGAAAAACACUUCAAGAGAUAGCGAAUACAAAACAGGCCAGUCUACAAAAUAUAGAUAAAAAGGGAAAAGAAGCCGAAGAGUGCGUUUCACAAAAAGGCGACAAAACACUUCAAGAGAUAGAGGCUACGAAGCAAGCAAGUCUUCAAAAUAUCGAUGAGAAGGGAAAAGAAGCCGAAAAGCGCAUUUCACAACAAGGAGAGCAAACACUUCAAGAGAUAGAGACUACAAAACAUAACAGUCUUCAAAAUCUAGAUGAUAAGGCAAAAGAAGCAGAGAAGCGCACUUCACAAAAAGGCGCAAAAACACUUUAAGAGAUAGAAAGUACGAAGCAAGCGAGUCUUCAAAAUAUAUAUGAAAAGGGAAAAGAAGCCGAAAAGCGCAUUUCACAACAAGGCGAGAAUACACUUCAAGAGAUAGAGAAUACCAAGCAUGCCAGUCUUCAAAAUAUAGAUGAUAAGGGAAAAGAAGCCGAAAAGCGUGUUUCACAAGAAGGCGGAAAAACACUUCAAGAGAUAGAAACUACAAAGCAAACGAGUCUUCAAAAUAUAGAUGAAAAGGCAAAAGAAGCAGAGAAGCGCAUUUCCCAACAAGGCGAGCAAAUACUUCAAGAGAUACAGACUACGAAGCAUGCCAGUCUUCAAAAUAUAGAUGAAAAGGGAAAAGAAGCUGAAAAGAGCGUUUCACAAAAAGGCGAAGAAACGCUUCAAGAGAUAGAGACUAAGCAGCAAGCCAGUCUUCAAAAUAUAGACGAAAAGGGGUGAGAAGUAGAAAAGAGCGUUUCAAAAGAAGGCGAAAAAACACUUCAAGAGAUAGAGACUACGAAGCAGAUCAGUCUUCAAAAUAUACAUAAGAAGCGAAAAGAAGCUGAAAAGAGAGUUUCAAAAAAAGGGGAAAAAACUAUUGAAGUUAUGGAAAAUAAAGAGCAGGCCAGUCUUCAAAAAAUAGAUGACAAAGGAAAAGAAACUGAAAAGCGCAUUUUACGAGAAGGCGAAAACGUGGUAGGGAUAAUUGAGUCCAAGAAGCAGAACACCCUUGAAAUUCUAUAUGAGAAGUAUAAAGUAAUCAAGGAAGACACAAAUCAAUAUAAUCAAGAAGUGAAAGAAUUUCGUCAAAAGUUGAUUCAACAUUAUAACAUAAAACUCAAGAGCAUGCCAUUAUCUCGAUUAAACCAUAGUAAUGACAGCACGACUUUAGAAGAGAUGUAUGCUACACCUAUACUCUACAGAACAGACAAGAAUAAGUGGCGGUCUCAUGGACAAUAUGAACAAGAAGGAAGAACCAUUAUUCAUUCUUACAAAGACAUGUUUGGUGCAACUUGCAAAAAUGGUGUACGUAUAUUCGUACAAGGCGAAGCAGGUUCUGGUAAAACAACGUUUGUAGCAAAGUUAGUGUUAGACUGGUGCAAAGGGUUUCAAUCAACAAUUAAAACUAAUGAAGCGGAAACUGAUUUGGAGGACCUUGAAACGUUACAGAUGUUUCCAUUUGUCUUUCUUGUCACGUUGAGAGAUUCUAUUGGUGAACGUGAAAUACCUAAGAUGAUUAAGCAACAAGUUACAGACAUAAUAUAUUCUGACUUUAAGCGGGAAAAAGCCUACGCACUCGUACAACAAAUCAUGGAAAAGGAAAUAUGCCUUGUGGUGCAAGACGGUCUUGAUGAGUGGAAUGAUGUGCAAAUCAAACUAGGACAACCGUUGAUGCUUAGUAGUCAUACUAGCUGUUUCGUAUUAACUACAACGCGACCGUGGAAAAUGGCUGACGAAAGCAUCAAAGAUUCAGACGUCGGUGAUUUGAUCAUGUUGGAAGGCGUACAGGAUCCAUACAAGCUGUGCGCAAAGGUGAUUGGGAAAUACAAAGAUGGUGAUAUAACCUCUCAUCUUUGUGAUUUCGAAAGUUACUUGCGAUCUUCCAAUGUCAACAAUGAUAUGAUGUUGAAGCCAAUGUUGCUAAACCUCUUUGUGCUUGCAUGGAUCGAAGACAAUCCUUUAAAAGGAUCAUCAUGUGAAAUAUAUAGCGUAUUGCUCGACACCCUUCUUAUAAAGACUGGAAAAGUUGGGACCGGAAAACAAGAUAACGGUUACCAGUGGCCACCGGUCAAAUGUUUCGCACGUACACGCUACUUAAAACCAAAUAUCGAAAUUAUUAAUACACUUUCACUUCUCGCAUUUCGGCAGUUAUUUUCUCUCGUAAAAGAGUUUCGUAUUGUAUUUGUGGACAAAGACAUGAAAAAGUAUAAGAUUUCCAAAGACAUAAAGAUAUUUGCUCUUCGUUGCGGUAUUCUAGUAGAAAGAAAAUGUCCAACGUUAACGUAUGCAUCAUCCACGUUUUCAUUCGUACAUAAAAGCGUGCAAGAAUUUCUAGCUGCAUAUUUCAUAGCAUGCAGUCAACAUGCCAUUGAUGUCUUCAUCCCUUGGUUGAUAGAAAAAGGACAUUAUAACAUAGACGAUAUGUUUAAUAUUUUUAAGUUUCUGUGUGGGCUUAAUAUCGAAGCAGCAAAUAAACUAUCGUGCUUACUGGACGGACUAGAAGGAACAUGGUAUCUAAUGAAAUUCCAGAAAACUCUAAUGGACGGAUGUAGAGAAGCUCUGGCUAACGACGUUGAUGAAACUAAGAUUAAAUUGAAACUCAGUUCGAUAAAGUACUGGCAUCAGUUUUAUUAUGUAGAUUAUAUACCAUUCAACUGCGUUGUAAACGAGAACCUAUCAAGCAUUCGGUCAUUGACAAUAAUAGACAGUUGUUUGAAAUCUGGUGAAUUAUAUUUGCAUUCACAAUACAUAAAAGACGUACUGAUAUCGUCAGCUCAUUGUCUUGAGAAUCUGCAGUUAACCUUCACCGUUGACUGCGCGGCCAUCCGACAUAUUGAUUGGUACAAAAACAGUGCUAACUUUAGAAUUACAGAUAACUUCAAGACAUUAAAAACCAUACGAAUAUAUUGCAUUAUCUUUUCUUUAUCGAAAUUGUUGUUUCCCGAUGAUGCAACAAUAGAGAUGCCAAGCGAUAUAGAAAUGAUAUUUCCUGGAAGCAAUUCACAUGCAACAGGAAUUAAAGACAUCAUAGUUCCUUGCACUAUCGAAGAAAUUACAUUACAAAAUGUCACAAUAUCAUCUACAUGGCUGCGACACUUGUUGAUGAAACUUGCCUCAUUUGAUCAUGCAGUAACUUGCAGGCUUAGAGGCUGCACAAUAACAACAUCAAGUGCCUUUAGUGAUAAAGCGUGCAACGAUAAUCACACUUCUGAUGGGGACAGUUGCGAGUCGAACUCAAUCCAACGUGAUCGAAACAAUUUAACGUUUGUAUGCAGUCCAGACUGUGAGGGAUUGUACGAGGCAUUAACUGGGCUGAAAAUUAAAAAUCUUAAAUUGUUCCGUAUUUCAAGGUACGAUCUUUUUGCCAAUAUACUGCAUACGAUCGCGGAACUAGAAUCGUUGAAGAUAGCAUUCUUCACGUUUAUAAAUGAUAGCGAACCGUUGGAUUUCAAUUUUAAUGCAUGCAAUAAAAAGACAAUUGAGUUCAUUGCUUUGUCACCGGUUGAGUUGCGGAAUCUACUGGGAAAAUUUUCCGAGUGUGAUCACCCGCUUGAGUUCAGGCUGCAUUGUGGUGUUGAUGAGGAUAGGCUUAGAGAGUAUGACGACAUUAUGCGGGAUCUCCAUUUACUUCAAUUCCCAGGAGUGACUUUGAAUUCUUGCUCCUUAUGCGAAGAGUGCUUUUGUUGUGAAUAUGAUGAUUAUGGCGAUUGUGAUAACUCAAUCCAUGAUAGUCAGUUUAAGUUUCACAAUGCAUUUUACAUUAGAAUAGAACUUCAGUGCAAAGGUAAUUAAUACAUUUUAUUAACACAAUGAAAACACAUACAGUGUCUAUACAUUUUCUGAAUAAGAUUUUAACAUAUAGUUACCAUAAUGUCGUAUACAAAAUAAAAUAAAAAAUAUAUUUUUACGAUGACAUAUUUUUCUUUAAGGCAUGCCGAAGGACCAGCACUUUAAGAAUCUAAAACGCUACACUUAUACUUAUCAAAUCGCUGUCUGGGCAUACAUACUGUACUGCUUUUAUUUGUAUGCUCUCCGAAAACAGGACGCACAUAGUCUCUGCUUUUUCCGUCUAACAGAAUUUUUAUUUGGAUAGAGUUGAUUUUGCAUGAGUCCCGAUAACCGUCUCCAUCCAACUCAAUGUCCGAUCUUUCGUCUUUACGUACGUCGCACGUUUCCGCGCGAAAUCUCAGUAAAUCAUUAUUUGAAUUUGACGAAACAUAGCAUUGGAUUUAUUCGAUGAACAUGCGGAUAUUGUCAGGUUUCCUAGCUUCAAACAAUUCGCAAAUAGCUAUUGCCAUUUUAUUAAUAAUUUGGCAUGUUAAUGCAUAUUACGUUUUUUGUAUCAGGUCACAGGAACUAACGAUCCGAUUGUGGUGAAAUGUUAUACGCAAUAUCCCUUCAGGGAUAAUAUAACGGUUGUCAUGUCGUUCAGUUUAUUCCUCUUGAGAAAUAAAUCGUUUCCACAAAAUAAACACAUACGUUUAUACAGCGCAUCAUCGGGGAGCAUCUAUAAGUUUCACUAAUAGUCGUGUUUGUCUUUGCUAGUGUGUGCUUUAUUAUCAUGAUGUUUUUAUACCAUGUACAUGCCAUAUGGUGAUGUAUUUUUAAUGAAUGACAAACUAUAAUGUUUGUAAAUGUUAUUGAUUAUUGUUGGUCAUGUAAAAGUUGUUUCUUUUGCGCUACAAAGUGUGUUGUUAUAUGUCUAUAUAUAAAUCAUGCCGUAUGAUUUUCCGGCUUUAUUGUCGUGCAAAAUUAUAUCGCCUAAUUGUAUUUCCGCUUAGAGCAAGUAUAACUGUAUGUACGUUUUUGUGUUGAUAAUAAUGUAAAUAUGUAAACCAAUUGUAAAACAAUUAAUGCAUUAAUGCGCUAAAUAUAAGAACAUAACCACCAUUUUGAUCCAAUACAAAUCUAGAUUGCACACGCCAUUUAUUACAAUUUGGAAAUGAAAGGUUUUGUACAAAUGCGCAAUUAUGGCAUGCCAUAUCAUGCAACCGUCCCUUCAUCAACCGAAUAAUCACUAUUAAGUAUUAAGUUAUACAGUAUUACUAAAGUUAGCGUGCAAUCUUAAUGCGUUAUUUGUUAGAUAUUUAAAAAUUAGUUUCAACGUUACUUAAAUGAAACAUGAUCGUUGAUUUGUGCGAAGAUUUUUUAAAUAAUAAUAUAAAUAUAUCGUUUUAACUAACGUAUAUACAAUUAAACAUAGUGUUAUUUAUUAUUAUUUUAUGUUUCCCGGUGGUUUAUAGAGAAAUAUCAGUGAAUU